UGCCGCACCCGCUGGCCGGCUCCAGCAGCGAGGAGGCCGUGGGCGGCGACAGCACGCCCAGCCCGGACCUGCUGAUGGCCCGCAGCUUCGGCGACAAGGUGGGGCGCGCGGGGCUGGGGACCGGGAGGCGCGUUUCGCUCUCGCGGGGGAUGGUGGACCCGGAGCUCUCCCUCCGGGCCCCGGGCCGCGCCCACCCUGGCGCCCCUGCCCGGGGGCGGGCGUUCCCUGGCUCCCCAGAGCCAUCGGAAAAUCGUCCCUCCCGGCCGCCCCCGCGGGGUCGUAGCCGCAGGGGGGGCGGCAGGAGGGGGCGGACAUGCCCCGCCGUGACGGGUCGCGGGCGCGGGUGACAGCUGGAGGGGAGGGGUCCUGGCCGCGUGGUGCGGCCAGUGGCGGGUGUGCAGUGCCCGGCGCGUGUGCCCUGGGAUGGGGUCCCGAGUUCCUCCCGGUGCAUCCGCGAAGGCUGAGCUGCCGGGUGACUUGUAGCUCCCCUACUUUCCUGGCACUGCAAAGAAGCAAGAGUUAAUGGUUUUCCCUGGUGGGAGCGGCAGCGUUGGUCUUGCUGCCCGAGUCGUCUUCCUCACGCUCUGUCAUGUGGGGAGUGAUCUUUGUUUAGGUUUGCUGUGUGCCCUGAGGAGUCACCUGACUCAGACCCCGGCCGGCGGGUGGGGAGAGUCUCGCUGUGGUUUUCUGUCUGGGGCUCUUUCUUUCACCUCUCACGGCCUUCCACACUGUUUAGUUUUGUCAGAGGCCCGUUUUUUGUGGUUGAUGGAAGGAAAGCUCGCCCUUUGACCUUCUUUGUGCAGAAGGAAGCUCCUGAUAUUCUUAGAGCGGCAGAAUAAUCCUGCUGCUUUGAGAGACAGCAGAGUACGGUGAAGGGCGAGGGGCGGCAACCCCAUGACUCCCUGCCCCAUGGCCAUUUCAGCUGUGACCAGGACUUGAGCUGUGAUUCUCUCAGCGCUGCUGUGGCCACCUACUCACCGAUAUGCAGAAAUUAGAAUUGUUCUCAACACUUGUGAUCAGGACUCCCUCCUCCCAGUAAAAUACUGAAUGAAUUCCUCCUUGUCCCAAUGUUAAAUGCAAUCAGAGGGGACCUCUUUCCCCCGUAGAUGGGAGGGCAUGUGAUACAAUAAAAAUGAGUAUUAGUGCACUGAGCACUCAAAAUGGCUAUGGAGGGGGACUUGAUGUACCUUCCUGAAAGAGUUUAUGAAAGCCAGGAGUGGGGAGUAGAGCAUUAGGAGCAAAAAGACUUAAAAAGCUAAUUAAACCAAUGAAUUGAGCAGGUUGAGGUGUGUGUUGUGGGGGAGGGGGUUCCUUGUGAUUAUUUCUCUUUAUUUUAUAGAUGACAAACUAUGAAGAGUUAUGUUGCUUGGAAAUACCUUGCCCAUAUUUGACGUUCAAUAAGUAAUUGUCAAAUGACUGAAAGAAUAAUUUGUUGCUCUCUUAAAGACAAAUUGUUCCUGCAUGCAUGUGUGCAUGUAGGAUACGAAGUUAAACCUUCUGAUUUCCUUCUCAGGAUAGUGAAUUAAUUAUCUAUUGCUGUGUAACAAAUUACACCAAAUUUAGCACCCGCAGAUAGUUUGUGUGGGUCAAUAGUGUCAUGUCAUCCAGGAGCAGCUGAGCUGGGUGGUUCUGACUCCGGUCUCUUUUGAGGUAGCAGUCAAGGCGUUGACCAGGGCUGGGGUCAUCUGAAGAUUGGGUUGGGGGAGGAUCAGCUUCCAGGCUCAUUCACUUGGCUGUUGACAGGCCUUAGUUCCUCUUUAUAGGGCGGCUUGCCAUGGCAGCUAGUUUUCCCCCAGAGAAAGUGGUCCAAGAGGGCAAGUGAUCCCAAGACUCAAGCUAUACUCUUGUAUGGUCUAAUCUUGGAAGUGACAUAAUUCUGCCGUAUUCUAUUGAUCACACUGCUAAUACAAAGUGGGAAGAGGAUAUAAAUAUAGGAGGUAGGGGUGCCUGGGUGACUCAGUCCGUUGAGCAUCUGACUUUGGGUUUUGGCUCGGGUCAUGAUCCGAGGGUUGUGGGAUCAAGUCCUGUGUCCGGCUCUGUGCUGGGCGUGGGGUCUGUUUGGGAUUCUGUCUCUCCCUCUGCCUCUGUCUUGCCCCCAUGUGUGCACACGCCUCACAUUCUCUCUUUCUAUGCCUCUCUCAAAUAAAAAAAAUAAAUAAAAUCUUUAAAAAAUAUAUCAGGAGACAGGGAUUAUCUGGCUAUCUUGAAUGCUGGAUGACACUGAUUGCUAUUUUAGUUAUUUAUUUUAAAGGUUUUUAAAAUUUAUUAUUAUUUACUAAUUGCGAUACCCAACGUAGGGCUUGAACUCAUGACCUUGAGAUCAAGAGUCACAUGGCUCUUUUUUACUGGGGCAGCUAGGUGCCCCCACUGAUGGCUAUUUUAAACAUUUACUUAGCGAUCCACUCUUGGAGGACACUUGUCUCAGACAUAUGGGCAUUUUACUAAUAAAUACUGGAGGACAAAUGCCCUGUACCACCAAGGUCUUGUUGGUGGGCAGGAAGUCAGGCCCAAGUCUAAUUACUCCUGGCUUCCAGUUCUAUGAGAAGACAGUCUUGAAACCAUUAUUAUUAAUUAUUGAAUAUUUAAUAAGUCUCCAUACAGCUGUAAGAAGCAUCAAAAUGACAUCACUCCCAAGGGCCUGAUUUAUAGUAAGCCACUUUUCCUUGGAGGCUAAGUAAUGUAAUUUCUUUCUCUGACUGGAAGUAAUAUUUUCCUUGAAUCUUGGCAUGCAUGUAUGUUCUAGCAACUCUGGAGAAAUUUCUGUAGAGAGAAGCUAGCAUGCAACAGAGGUGAGUCAGGACCAGUGGAAGGAAGGCUUCUCUUUGCCCUGCUUUCUCUUGCCCAGGCAGCAUGCGGGUCAUUGGAGGACAGGUAGGAAAGCUGAGUGCUGUGAUCGGUCUUUGAAAAGAAACCUGUUUUCUUGCCUUUUUGGACAGUGCAUCGUGACCCUGGAUGCCUGGUUCAGAGUCAGUUCUGGGAUUGGAGAACGAGGGUUUGACAGGCUGCUCAUGGUGCAGGGUUAUUGUAUUAUGCGGAGGAGAAUUGCUUUCUGUGGGCCAAGCACAGGGUAGUCUUGUGUCUCGGUCCAGCAGACGCUACUGAGUGGCAUCUGGGAUGCUUGCUUGAGAAGGAGCAGCAACCAAAUAUGCCCUUUUCGUCCACUGCCUUUGAAAAUCAUCCAAACCUUGGAGUUACGGGAGAAUCCUUCCUAUCUUCCCAGGGUUGCAUGAAUUCUUUUCAUGCCAGCUGAACUCACCAGGCCUUCUAUCAUCACAUCCUUCAUCUCCUCCUAAAAUGUAAAUAAACCACUUGACCUGCCUCGCUUUUUUACUUUCCUCUGCAAACCACUCUGGGCUACUUCUCCCCUGACUCAGCCUCCAACUCCUGCGUGCCUCCCAGAACUUAACACCAAGCCCGCUCAAGCCCCAGCUGUGGUUAACAACCCUUCCCACAUCCUCAACCUCUUCACUGAACUCUUCUGCCUACUUCCUGCCCUCUUAGGUUACUGCUUCUGCCAAAGUCUUCAAAAUGGAGCUGUCUUUUCAUUCUGUACUCCACUUAUAUCAGGAUCAGGAGAUGGAGGUCCGUUUCCUUUCUCUCCACUGCCCUUUUUUUUUAAUUAAAAAUUUUUUUAAAACAUUUAUUUAUUUUUGAGAGAGAGACAGAGCAUAAGUGGGGUCGGGGCUGAGAGAGAGAGGCAGACACAGAAUCCGAAGCAGGAUCCAGGCUCUGAGCUGUCAGCACAGAGCCUGAUGCGGGGCUCAGACUCAUGAGCCAUGAGAUCAUGACCUGAGCUGAAGUUGGACGCUUAGCCAACUGAGCCACCCAGGUGCCCCUCCACUGCCUUUUAUAAACCAAGCUCUGCUCCCUGGAGGCUCAUGUCAUUUUAUUUGUUCAUUCACGUAUUUGAGGACCUACUUUGAGAUAGGCACUGUUCCAGGAACUUGAGAUGAGUCAACCAGUGAAUACCGCUGCCCUCAUGGGGUACUUUUUGUGACUAUAUACUAUGCUAUAUAAAAAAUGCUACGGGAGGGAGAAAAAGUAGGAUGAGGGGAUUCAGGAUCACUGGCUGUGGGAGGGGGAUUUGGAGAGGCUUUACUGAGAACUUGAGAUUUGAGUAGAGACUUGGAGGAGAUGAGGGAUGGAGUUAGCGAGUAGAUAUCUGGAGGAGUGUCCUUCUAGGUGGAAGGAACAGCCAAAGCAAAGUCUUGAAGGCAUCUGCCUAGUGUGGACUGGAAGAGCCCAGAAGCCAGUGUGGCUGGGGCAGAGUGAACAGUGGAGAGUUGGCCGACAGCAGAGAGGGGAAGGGUCCGGAUUGUGUAGGGCCUCAUAGGUCACCCUGAGAACAGGCCUUUACUUUGAGUGCCAUUGCAGUGUCUUCAGCAGAAGGAGGGACAUGAUUUGACUUAUAUGUUGAAAAGGCUCACACAGGCUGUUGAAUUGAGAAUCCUUUAUUUGGCUCUUCCACUGAAUUCAUUUCCUUUUAGUUAAAAGGACAUAAACCGAGUGCAAACUGGCCGAAGGGGAAAAAAAAAAAAAAAGCCUGGCUUAUGUUUUUGAAAAGCCCCAGGUAUUUUGGCUUCAGGAGUGGCUGGAACUAGGUAUUCAAAUGAUAUUGGGAAUCUGUCACUCCAUCUCUUGGCUCCGCUUACUUCUGUGUUAGUUUUAUUCUCAAGCUAGUGAAGGGAUACCUUCUACAAAUAAGUUUCACAACUUCAGCAGAAAGAGAGCACCUCUUUGCUGAGGGCUCCAGCAAAAGCCCUGGGCUGCUCUCUCAUGGGCCUAAAUCGGGUAAGUGCCGAAACCAAGCUCUGUAACUCUGAUGCCCGGACCUGCACCAGGUCCUCAUCUUUGGAGAGAGGAGAAGGGAAGUUUUUGGUAGGUCUGUUUGUUUGAACUGUGGAAUGUACAUGCAGAGUGUAUAAAAUGUAUCCAUAUGGUUUGAAGAACAAAAUGUAUCUCCAAGGUUUAAAGAACAAUAAAAACUCAUGUUCCUACCCCCCCAGAUUAAGAGAAUAUUACUAGUAUUUUAUUUUAUUUAUUAAAAAAAUUUUUUUUAACAUUUAUUUAUUUUUGAGAGACAAAGCGUGAGUGGGGGAGUGGUAGAGUGGGGUGGUGCAGAGAGAGAGGGAGACACAGAAUCUGAAGCAGGCUCCAGGCUUCGAGCUGUCAGCACAGAGCCUGACAUGGGGCUUGAACUCAUGGACUGUGACAUCAUGACCUGAGCUGAAGUAGGAUGCUUAACUGACUGAGCCACUCAGGUGCCCCUUAUUUAUUUAUUUUUAAAGAUUUUAUUUUUAAGUAAUCUCUACACCUAAUGUGGGGCUCGAACUCACAACCCUGAGAUCAAGAGUUGCACUCUCUACCAACGGAGCCAGCCAGGCACCCACAAGAAUAUUACUAGUAUUUUAGAAGCCCCAUGUGUGCCUGGGGAGGAUGGAGGUGGUUACCAAAGCAGGAUCAGGAGGCUGCUAACAGAAGGAGGAACAAAGGAAUGUGAGGCAAGCAGAAACAAAUGUCCGUUAUAGGCCUUCCACGACCUUUUUCUUCCCUGUCAUUUCUAACUUGCCGGCCUUUCAUUCUUCUUCAUUAAAAUCUCUAGACCCCAAGUCACUGUCUUCUCAAGUCAUGCCCUCACCUCACGGUGACUCUGUUCAAACCAACAAAACUAUCAGCUUCUUGACUUGAAUCUGCACACACCUUCACCUCUUUUUUAAUUCAGUUGCCCUCUCCCUGGCCACAGCCUUGCGCUAUAAUGCCCAGAACGGUUCGGGCUCAGAGAUAAUGCCAUCAGAUAUCUUCUCUUGCCUUACUGUCCCCUCAGUUGGUCAUUACUGCCUGCACCUGUUCUCUGACCACUUGUACUUCCCUCCCUCCUUUAUUUUGUAUUUUUAUUUUUUAUUUAAGUAAUCUCUACAUCCCACAUGGAGCUUGAACUCAUGACCCUGAGAGAAAGAGUCACCUGCUCUUCUGACUGAGCCAGCCAGGUGUCCCUCACCUCCCUCCUUUAGAUGGGGUGGCUCAUCUCAUCAGUUGCUCCCUCCACUUCCUUUCUUCGACUCCCUUCUCUCCUCCUUUUACACCCAGCCUGGAUCAUUCCAUUGCUUCAGAUCUUUUCCUGCACCUUGAGAAUUGCUGCCGGUGUAAAUUCACUGGUUUUAACCACAACUGGGGCCUCAGUGGUGCUGGGCACUCCUUUCUUUCCAUAGAGGCUCCUGUUCUGUGCCAUGGCUGAUCUGACGCUUUUCUCUGUUCCUCACACCUCCCCCUCCCCCCAUUCUACCCUCCCAUUCUGCUGAUGAGAAGACAGAAGCCACCAUAAAAGAACUUCCUUUUUCCAGACUGUGAAAUGAUGUGAAUCCGUAGCCAUUGUUUCUUGGUUGCCCCAGUCGCUGUAGAAGGGAUUCUAAGGCACCGCUGGACUGUAUGGCCCGCCCCCUCUGGCCUCUCUGAGACCUCGCUCCGUUCAUCAUCCUCACCCAUUUCUGUGUCUUCACAUUCCCUCUCACCUGGCUCAUUCUAUCAGUAAACAUACUCAGGGCGCCUGGAUGGCUCAGUCGGUUAAGCCUCGGACUUCAGCACAGGCGAUGAUCUCACGGUUUGUGAGUUCAAGCACCGCGUCCGGCUCCGUGCUGACAGCUCUGAGCCUGGAGCCUGCUUCGGAUUCUGUGUCUCCCUCUCUCUCUGCCCCUCCGUGGCUCGUGUUCUGUCUCUCUCUCUCUCUUAAAAACAAAUAAACAUUAAUAAACAUCCUCAGGUCACCCUUGCUUCUUAAACCAGGAGUAAAGAAAACUUUGCCGUGAAUGCCUUUUGUUUUCUUUCCCCGUUUCGUGAUCUGUUUUGUGACUGCUCUUCACAGACAGACUUUUUGAAAGUAAGGUCUGCUACUCUUCCUAACUCCUCAGCCUGCAGCUGUCGGGUUUCUGACUUUACUAGCCGAGUCCCCUUGUGACUUCCUUCUCGCAAAAUCCAGUAGGUGCUUCAUGGUCCCUAUCCUUCCUGACCUCUUGGCAGGUUGCACUUCCGCUGUUGAGUACCCUCUUACUUGAAAUAUUCUUUGCUUGGCCCUCCAGAGCCAGCUUGUCUGCGUUCAAAUCCCAGCCCCGCCUGUCUACAGUCUUUGUGAACCUCUCUGAGCCUCCGUGUCGUCAUCUGUAAACAGGGGGAUAACAGAAGUACCUGUAUCACAAGGUUGAUAGGAAGAUCUGGGGAGUUCAUGCCUAGAGUAGUGCCUGAGAAGUAGUGAGCCUUAAAUAAAUGUGAGGUGCUGAUGGUGGUUAUCCCCAGGAUCUCAUUUUGCCCAACGGUGGUACUCCAGCAGGUACUUCGAGUCCAGCUUCCUCAUCCUCCCUUCUCAACAGACUUCAGCUUGAUGAUGACAUUGAUGAGUACGCGGGUAGAGUUUGACCUGCCAGAAUAUUCUGUUCGUCGAAGAUACCAGGAUUUUGACUGGCUGAGGAACAAACUGGAGGAAUCCCAGCCGACUCAUCUCAUUCCCCCGCUUCCUGAGAAGUUUGUGGUGAAGGGUGUUGUAGAUCGUUUUUCAGAAGAGUUUGUGGAGACCAGAAGAAAAGCUUUGGAUAAAUUCCUAAAAAGAAUUACAGAUCAUCCUGUGCUCUCUUUCAAUGAACACUUUAAUGUUUUCCUUACUGCUAAGGACCUGAACGCCUACAAGAGGCAGGGGAUGGCAUUGCUGUCUAGAGUGGGCGAGUCCGUCAAGCACGUCACCGGAGGCUAUAAGCUGAGGAGUCGACCUCUGGAGUUUGCAGCCAUAGGCGACUACUUAGAUACCUUUGCACUCAAACUGGGAACCAUUGAUCGAAUAGCCCAGCGGAUCAUCAAAGAAGAAAUAGAGUACCUUGUAGAGCUGAGAGAAUACGGGCCUGUGUACUCCACGUGGAGUGCAUUAGAAGGGGAGCUAGCUGAGCCCCUGGAGGGCGUCUCAGCUUGCAUUGGCAACUGCUCGACGGCCUUGGAAGAGCUAACGGAUGACAUGACAGAAGACUUUCUACCUGUGCUCAGGGAAUAUAUUUUAUACUCUGACUCUAUGAAGAGCGUACUGAAGAAGAGGGACCAAGUGCAAGCAGAGUACGAAGCCAAACUAGAAGCUGUGGCCCUGAGGAAGGAAGACCGCCCCAAGGUGCCGGCAGAUGUUGAGAAAUGUCAGGAUCGGAUGGAGUGUUUCAACGCUGAUCUGAAAGCCGACAUGGAGCGGUGGCAGAGCAACAAGAGGCAGGACUUCCGGCAGCUGCUCAUGGGAAUGGCCGACAAGAACAUCCAAUACUACGAGAAGUGCCUCAUGGCAUGGGAGUCGAUUAUUCCACUGCUACAGGAGAAACCAGAGGCCAAAUUUAUCCUCAGUUUACCUUCUACACCCCACAGGUUGGCACCGAUUUGGGGAAAUGAAGAAACUACCUGGUGUCUGUUCACAACCACUGUGAUUGGCGGGCAGCCUGGCAGCCAGCCCAGGUACUUUCGUGAGGAUUUCUUCCUACUCCAUCCCAUAGCAAAGCACAACAUCUUCUCAGUCAGGACCAGUCAUUUCCUGAUUUUUUUUUUUUUAACUGCCCUGAUGCUUUUAAAAAAUCUGUGAGGCAAGAAGAAAUGCCUGUGGUUCGUUAGGGUGUCAAGAGUGUGUUUCGAAGGGAGACCAGAAUGCUCGGUUAAUGACCCCAAAGAACUGGAAAUGGACUUGAACUUACUGACAGUAAGUAGACAUCACUAAUCCAAGAUUACAGUCAUACACAAUGAGGCAGCAAGGCGGGAUAAGAGAGCUUUGGGUCAGAUCUCAGCUUUUUCCACUCGUUACUUCUGUGGUUUUAGGCAAGUCCCAUUUCUCUGAACUUCAGUGUAUUGAUCUUUGCAAUGAAGACGUGCUUUCCCUUGGUGGAUUGCUGAUGGGAUUGGCGAUAAUGUAUAUAUAUAAAGCAUCAACGUGUCUGCCAACACUUAGAUGACUGGACUGCUCUUACGGGAAGAGUCUUCUAUUACUUGUUUAGAUAUGGCCAACUUAAAUAUCAAGUAUUCCCAUAACAAUCCUUCCCGUUUGCUUUGUCAAAUGAAAAUUAAGGGGGGGGGGUGUAUAUAUUUCUCGUAACUGCUUUAAGAAGGUGAUGGAGAUAGUAGGCUGGUGGACUGUGGUCAGACUGAAGCCCUGGGGAACAGAUGGGAAUAGAUCAUAAAAGUUGUGGCAAUGGGCGAUAGGAAGGGUGAUGAAUUUAAGAGAUUUCUGUGGUGAGGGGAGGGGAUCAGAGAUGAGACGGAGUUUUCAAGCCUGGGAGCAGGGAGAUGACGUUAUUAACUCACACGUGAAAACAAUCAGGAGAAAAAUGUAAAGGUUGGAGUAGCUUAGAUGGUGAGGUGGGAGAAUAAUUUGGUUUGGAAUUAUGUUUGAGGAAAUCCAGGUGGAGGUGUCGACCAGAUUGCUGGAAAAAGUGUUCUGGAAUCCCUGAGAGUAGACUAGAUUACUUGGGGAACAUACCAAGGACAGAGCUUUAUGGGCCUCAAGAAUUAAGGAUGGGGGCGCCUGGGGGGAGGCUCAGUUGGUUAAGUGUCUGGCUAUUGGUUUCGGCUCAGGUCAUGAUUUCCUGGUUUGUGGGUUUGAGCCUCAAGUCGGACUUCACGCUGACAGCACUGAGCCUGCUUGGGAUUCUCUCUCCCUCUCUCUCUCUCUCUUUGCCCCCCUCCCCAAAAUAAAUAAACUUAACAACAAAAACAAAAAAAAUUAAGGAUGCAGGAAGAGGAGGAGAGGGACUCAGGGAACAUUCUCAAGAAGAGAAAGGCCCAUAGAUAACAUUGGUUCUUAAGCUUGAGGGCUUGUGAAAACACCAAUUGUUGGUCCCCACCUCUAGAGUUUGACUGGGGUAGAGCCAAAUAAUUUGCAUCUCUCACAGGUUCCCUGGGGAUACUGAAGCUGCUGGUUCAGAAACCACACUUUGAGAAGAUCAAAGGGGUUAGAAUCUCUGUUAGAAGAAUUGGUGACCUGGGGCAAGUGGGGAAGGGUCAAAACUGCCACCUUAGUGACAAAUUGAAAAGGAGCCAGUGCUGGGGCUUUGAGAGCCCAGCUCAGGUUAAAACCCACAAGUGUAUGGUGGGUGAGUGUGAGCAAAUAAGGACAUGUUUCUGGAUGCUCCGAGCCAGCUUUUCAGGAGCAGGAAUGGAGCUGCCAAUGAUGAGAUUCAUCCAGGCUGGGGAGCCGAUCAGGGGCUGGGACAGGAGGCAAGGAGCCAAGAGGAAGGAGCAUAAUCGGUGAGAAUUUAGCAAGGUAAGCUUGGCCUUGAACUCCACUUCCCAUCCCACCUCCGCCCAUGUCGUCUGUCUCAGGGAGAGGCUCUGCCUUCUUCCUAGUUGCCUGAACCUCAAAUCUGAGCAUUCUUGCCUCCAUCUGCCCCACCCUCUGCAGAUCACCUGUCACCAACUCCUGCUGACCGCCAGCUCCCAAGGAUUUCUCUAAGUCCCUCUACUGUUCUGCACCUUCACAUCUUAUCCAAAGUCAGUCCGCCAUUGUCCGUCACCUGGGUUACUACCAGACUCUCUGCUCUUGUGUCCUUUCUGCAAGUCUUCUCUCUCCUUCUGCCCCUUCCUGCCCCAGUUCAUUCUCAGGGAUGCCAGGACGCAUUCCAUACUCCUGCGUGAAAUCUUCCACCAUCUAUCCCUGUUACUUUAAAGAGAAACUUUCAGGGCGCCUGGGGUGGCUCAGUCGGCUAAUCAAUCUUGACUUUGGCUCAGGUCACGAUCCCAUGAUUCAUGAGUUUGAACCCCACAUCAGGCUCUGUGCUGACAGCUUAGCCUGGAACCUGCUUUGGAUUCUCUGUCACCCUCUCUCUCUGCCCCUCCCCCUGUUGUCUCUCUCUCUCUCUCUCUCUCUCUCAAAAAUAGAUAAACAUGAAACAAAUUAAAGAGAAACUCUUUUUAAGGCUCUAUAUGUGUAUUGUUGUUUCUCCCUACCACUCCAGUCUCCUGGUCUUGAUUCUGUCCUUUUGGUACCUGUCCCUCCCCCCCUCUUUGCUCCCCUUAUAUUGAAUUCCUGUAUCAAAAGAUAUUUUCACCUUCAGGCCUUCCAGCUUGUUAUUUCUUCUGCCUGGACUGUCCCUUAACUUCUGGCCUUGGUGACUCCUUAUCCUUCCAGGGUUCCCGUAGUCCACUUCUUCUGAGAAGCCUUCCCUGCUCUCCUAAACCUGGUUAGAUGCUCCCUUAUGUUAGCAUUUAUUAUAGGAUAUGUGGUUGCCAGCUGUUCUGUCUGUUCCACCUGCUGGACAGAACAUUCUGUCAGGGCAUGAGCAGUCACGUUCUUGCCAUAUCUCAGCAUCUAGCAUGGUGCCGGGACCUUAGAAGACAUGCCAGAAAGGCUUGUUUAUUCCCUGCAAGAGAUCAGAGGUGUAAACUCUCUGAGCCCAAACGCUUGGAGCUUGAAAUGCAUUCCCUAGCUUUAAGUUUCACCCCAGUAUAAGAAU